GGGGCGCAGCUGCAACGCGUGGUGGGUCUGACGAGCAACAAAAUCCAGAGGGUUUUGACAGUGAAAGGAAGCAGUGUAUCGCCAUAAGGGGCGUUGAGAGGUGCUAGUGUGUGUGGUCCUGCUGAAGUGGCCCUGCCCCCCUCCCUCCUGCCCCCAUGUAUCCUGAAUCCACCACCGACUCCCCCGCGCGCCUCUCCCUCCGACAGACCGGCUCUCCGGGCAUGAUCUACAGUGCUCGUUAUGGGAGCCCCAAACGGCAGCUGCAGUUCUACAGAAACCUUGGAAAGUCGGGCCUGAGGGUGUCCUGCCUGGGAUUAGGAACAUGGGUCACAUUCGGAGGGCAGAUAACAGAUGAGAUGGCGGAGCAGCUGAUGACUCUGGCCUAUGAAAACGGCAUCAAUCUGUUUGACACAGCCGAGGUCUACGCGGCUGGAAAGGCAGAGGUAGUGCUUGGGAACAUCAUAAAGAAGAAAGGAUGGAGGCGUUCAAGUUUGGUCAUAACAACAAAGAUUUUCUGGGGUGGGAAAGCUGAGACUGAAAGAGGUUUAUCCCGAAAACACAUUAUAGAAGGUUUAAAGGCAUCUUUAGAAAGACUCCAGUUGGACUACGUGGACGUGGUUUUUGCAAAUAGACCGGAUCCCAACACGCCUAUGGAAGAAACGGUCCGAGCAAUGACCCAUGUGAUAAAUCAAGGCAUGGCUAUGUAUUGGGGCACGUCUCGCUGGAGCCCCAUGGAGAUAAUGGAAGCCUAUUCUGUGGCGCGGCAGUUCAACCAGAUCCCUCCCAUCUGCGAACAGGCCGAGUACCACAUGUUCCAGAGAGAGAAGGUGGAGGUGCAGCUACCGGAGCUCUUCCACAAGAUCGGUGUAGGGGCCAUGACCUGGUCUCCUCUGGCAUGUGGAAUUAUCUCAGGGAAAUACGACGGCAGGGUCCCUCCGUACUCUCGAGCAUCUCUGAAGGGCUACCAGUGGUUGAAGGACAAGAUCCUGAGCGAGGAAGGCCGGCGUCAGCAGGCGAAGUUGAAAGAGCUGCAGGCUAUCGCGGAGCGGCUGGGCUGCACACUGCCCCAACUGGCCAUCGCGUGGUGCCUACGUAACGAGGGGGUGAGCUCUGUGCUUUUAGGAGCCUCCAACACGGACCAGCUCAUGGAGAACAUAGGAGCGAUACAGGUUCUUCCAAAGUUGUCAUCGGCCAUCACACAUGAAAUCGACAGUAUCUUGGGGAACAAGCCGUACAGUAAAAAGGACUACCGCUCCUAACCCCACAGGCUCCGCCCGGCAGGGCUGCACCGGGCUGCACUGCAGCGCCCACCUUUGCCUGAUCCUCUGUUUGCUUGAGCUUUUACUGAAUGAGACCCUGGCGCAUGAGUGUGGCACAUGGGCCACCCAGGGCUCCUCAUCUAGAGUUACAGGGAAAAGAAAAGGGAAAAUCAUCACCUCCAGAAGGACACCAGACUGUGAGAGCUGCUAGGGAAACGCGCUCGUAUUUAAAUCAGUAACAUUCAAAGUCAGCUGGAAGUAUUAAAACUGUAGAGAAAAUACAUUUAAAAAAAGAAGCACACGCUUGCUCGGCAUUCAGAUUUGUUUUUGCUUUUUAUUUUUGAAAAAAAAAAAAGAAUGCAACUUAAUGGAGGAUUACUGUAGUUCAUUCUGUAUGAAAUACAACGGUACUCAGUUGCACAUGUACCAGAGCCAUGCAUUUGUUCCUGGGACGUUCUGUUUACAAACACCUGUGUACUGUAAGUCUCAGUCCAACUCUUUGUGUUGUCUCCACAGUCAGUGUAGGUGCCCCCUGGUGGGCCAACAGUCAGCACUUUAGUCUGUAGUGAUUUGUUGAGGACAGAAUGGAUCUUUCAGUAGUAUUAGAUCGCAGCCAUUGCACUAGAGGAUCGCCUCCCACUAAGCCCCUCCCCUCUGACCACACCCAUAACCUCGCCCACCCUGACUGUGCAAUGGGUGAUGAAUGAGGCUGCUCACUAAAACUGAACUUAUAAAGUUAUAUGGUCUUUAGGAGCAGAGUAAUCGCUGAAAAACAAUAUAUUUAUUCAUCCCUGUCCAUAGAAGUGCUACACUGUGUAUCUGCCUCUGCUUAGGUGUCCCUGAACACCACAUGUCAGCGCAGGCUUCUACAUCUCAUGGACGACUUUUCUUGAUCAACUUCUGCAAGUAUUUUGCCUUAUUUUCUUUUGCCUCAGACUGUGCUGUGAGCUCCAGCGUAGAAGGCCAUCAGAGGUUCCUCUGUGCUGCACUCCCCAGUCGAAGCAGAAACUAGUGCAGGUGUUAUUGUCCAGUAGGUGGCGCUGUUCUCGGCAGCAGCUCUGGGAAUGAAACAGUUUGGUCUGAAAUGUUUCCCUAUCACCUGGAUCCUUCCUCAGGCUGUAAAAACAUAUGUUAUAUUUCAAAUACAAAACCAAUAAUUGAUUUGAUGAUGCGCUCAGGACAGGCUGUAAAUCUAAUAUAUUAUUCAAAUUUAAUUCCAAAAAUAUUGGAAUCACAAAAUAUGUCUUUUACCUGAAAAUGUGUCCUAAUUAAGUAUAUUGAUUUUAAAUACCUCUAUUUGGCAGAACAAAAGUGGAAAAUUACCUUAUAGUAAUUUAAAAAGUGCAAUUCUAUUUUUAUCUAACACAAUCUUGUUUGUGUUAAAUAAAUCAAAGAGCAUUUCGUAGUAUAACAUUUGGUCCAUAACUUUGCACUGUUUUUCAUUUACAUUAGUUUCGUAUGUUAAUCUGGACAUUUUAAGAGUCAUUGAGUUGAGACCUACAAAGGAGGGAUCCAGGUGCCAUGGAAACGUGUUUAGUCAACUGUAGUGCAUAAAUGGUCCGGAGGUGGUGCUGACACUGGGGAGGACCUGUGAAACUUUAGUGAGGCUCGAGCCAAAGAUUUCUGAGUGUGUUUUCACUCACUUCUGCAAGGUUACAUAGUCUAAACUCAUCUUGGCGCAUGUUUUGUCCAGCUCGCUAUGUAUCUACUGUAUGGACUCCACGUAUAUCUUAACUUGAUCAUGCUGUAAUACUAUUAAAGAUAAGGCCUCAUAUACACAACGCAUAGUGCUGAUAAUUGCUUUAGGUUGAUAAGGAGUGUCUCAGGCAGCGGGCAGCCUGGGACAUACCACAUGCGUCUUCAGUGAAUGGGUUUACAUGCACUGGUAUGUUCUGGUUUGGACUAGUUUGGAGUUUAGUUUUUAGUUUAAGUUUUCAACCACGUUUAAGUGUAUUUCAUCGUAGUUUCGGUGUUUCACUUCCUAUUUGAAUUUCUAAUUUCCAAAUUUUCCCCAUAAUUUUGUCUGAAUUACAAUAUUUUUAUCCUCCACAAAUGUCUGACUUAAACUUUUCUGACUCAAAUUAAUGCAAUAAAAAUGUUUCUUCAGGAUUUUUUUUUUUUUUUCAAGAUUUGCAUAUUCAAAAGUAUCUAAAAAUUGACAGAACUUUUUACGUCUAAUCCCAAUUUGUCCUUUCUUGUCUUAAUUUCUCAAGAAUUUUAAGAUUAAUGUUAGAACCUGUCCCAAAAGCUUUUCUUACUUUUUGUUUUAAAUGCAUGUUGUUGCCACUAUCACCAUAAUCAUACUUCUGUUCAUAACCAGGUCAUAACUUAAGUGCACGUAAACCUUUCCAAACCUAACUGUGAUCAAAGCACAAGCAGCAUGUGACCAUUCAAACGCAUGGAUCUUUUUCAUUACAAUACCCACAAGACUACGACGCUCCUCCGCUUACUAACACGUCUAUUAACCAGGCUUAAGUAACAACUGCGAACUACAACAACAACAACAAGAAAAAAAAAGACUAUUCAAGUGUUACUUUAGUGUGAAUGGACUGCGUGAGCUAAGAAUUAUGGGAACUCAAAAUGGACGUCACUGUGUGGGCUUUGUUCCUCUCGUGGUCCAACUUUUCCUGGUGACUUUCAAGCAACCGCCAAGUGAUCCGUGUUAUGUGUGCGUAACUGCUUAGGUCAAUGUAUUAGUUGAUUCUCGUGUACUUUUUUUCUGUUUAUUUUUGCAGUGUCUUUUACGUCUGGGUGAUAAAAGUGUGCAAGCCAAUGAUGUUUUUCUUGUAAGGAGAAAAAAUCUGAAAACAUGUUAAGUCUGUUCAGUUUGUGUGUCUUAAUAUUCUCAUCAGGGACAGUAGAGAAAAAGUCACUUCACUCGAGACUUAAAAGUAUCGCUGUGCAUUUUGCUCGACCAUCAGUGUUAUCUCGCGGCGGACGUCUGAAUGUACGGGCCGGAGGGACAAGGAGUCUGCUGAGGUUAGAACUAAACAACACCUCUACAUUUACUCUAACUAUAACCAAACAGUAUUACACAAGAGACAUAAUUAGAGGAAUUACUCAUGAGAAAAAAAGUAUUUGGGGGAAGUUUCACUGUACUUAUUAAGAGGAACUCACUCUGGACAUAACAUUUGAUUUAAAAUUUGAUAUUUGGAAAGACAAAACAUUAAUAACUCAUCAGCACUCAUCUGGUAUUUUCAAAGAGUAGACCACAAAGAUUGAAUCAUUAAAUUAAAUCAUAUUUGAAGGAGCGUUGCAGCAGUGGGAGACAGUGAGAAGAGUGAGAAACAUUUUUACUUAAAUAUGAGUAAUGUUACACUGUAAAUAUAUUGCUAAUGUUUGAGUAAAAGUAUCAUCUCUAGAAACGUUUCCGUGAAGUACAAUUAUCUUAAAAAUGUGCUCAAGCUGUAACUGAGUACUAUUUGAAUGCAGUUGUAUGUUGAAUGCACUGCGGUCUCUUCAGUAAGUUAGUUUGAUUUUAUUUAAUUGGCAGUGAGAGUUUGACCCUUCAUUCAGUACAGACUGUCCUUCUGGCCUCUACGUUCCACACAUCAGCCGCUCUCUCACACUGUGCUAGCCUGACCGUGCUAUUGGGAGGUUAACGCACAAUGUAAAACCAAUGAUGACAGGCUUCAUCAUAAUAAAAGACUGAAUAUUAGAGUUAUAAAAAUAUGCUUUAAGAGGUCUUAGCUUCAUCUUAAGUAUUGAGUUGUGGAGUGAAACAGACCCAUAGAGGGAUAGAGAUUAUUUUCCAGAAGGAUCUACAUUUAAAAAAAAAAAAAGAGUAUAUUUUUAUGUUUUGCAGUACAGAAAAUAUCUGUUUUUAUUUUUUCGUUAUGCAUUUUUCCUAUCAGUAUUGUAAAAUUCUUAAGACUGACUGAAGAAGCUGUUUCUUUGUGUUAUGUAUGGGAAAGGUUGUAGUGAAUGCAGUUGCAGACUAACUUCAUCUCAGUCUGCCGUGUACAUAUCUUUGUAAAUAUUUCCGGUUGUGAUCACCUCGGCCUUUUUUAAUUUUCUUUUGCAGGCAUUGCUAUCUGCACUGUGCUUGGUCUGACUUUAGACAGGAUGUACAGCUUCAAUCUCCAAAUGAAAAAUUGAAAAAAUGAUAAAAAUCAGAAUGGUAAAAC